CCACAGCCCCUCUCUCUCUCUCUCCUCCCCGUUGCUCCCCAAUUUGCAUAUGCGCGUUUGUGUCUGAGCGUGUCUGCAUGUGAGUCAGCUGCAUCCUCAUCACCUGGGACAUUACCUCCGGUCUCCACAGGGGAAGCUGCAUCGCUGACACUUAUUGUUUCCUCCGGGAUAUUACACUGUUUGUCAGCUGGCCAGGUUUUUCAGUCAGGGAUCCAAGCCAAUAUUUCUGCUGGUGUGUAAGAGAGGAGAGAGAGGUCAACAUGGGCUCCAGCUCCUCCUCCUAUGCCCCCAAAACCAUCUACCUGGAUGUGGAUGGGAAGGUGCAAAGGGUGGUGUUCAGUCGUCACUGCAGUCCGUGUGACAUCAAGGAGCUUCUGUAUUCCUCAACUAACAUUCCCAGGAACACUCCCAUCAUGAUGGUGGAUCCUGAAGGUGCCUUGGUCUCCAUCGAUCCCACCAUGCCCACCAACUCUCCAAACUCUUUGUACAAAGUUGUUCCUCUAUCCACUGGUCAACUCGGAGAUAAGGAAGACAUGUUUCAGAACGUGCUGUCCCAGGUGGCGGAGCAGUUCAGCAGAGCCUUUCGCAUCAACGAGUUGAAGACCGAGGUCACCAACAGGCUGGCCAUGCUGGAGAAGAGAGUGGAAUUGGAGGGCUUAAAAGUGGUGGAGAUCGAGAAGUGUAAAAAUGACCUGAAGAAGCUGCGAGAUGAGAUGACUUCGAGAGGUGGUGGCAGAGUGAACUGUCCGUGCAAAUACAACUUCGACGACGGGAAGAAGGUCACUCCCAGACGAGAUGUCCCCAAUUACCCGAAGUACACGUUGUCUCAGGAGACUGUCGAGGCCCUGAAGAAACCAACAUUUGAUGUCUGGCACUGGGAACACAACGAGAUGCUGAGCUGUCUGGAGUACAUGUACCAUGACUUGGGGCUGGUGAAGGAAUUCAACAUGAACCCCAUCACACUCAAACGCUGGCUGCUGGCGAUUCAGGAGAACUACCGCAACAACCCCUUCCACAACUUCCGUCACUGCUUCUGUGUUAGCCAGAUGAUGUAUGGCAUGAUUCACCUCUGCAACCUACAGGAGAAGAUGACUCUCACGGAUAUGGGCAUUUUAAUGACAGCGGCAGUGUGUCACGACCUGGACCACCCCGGCUACAACAACACGUAUCAGAUCAAUGCCCGCACCGAGCUGGCGGUGCGCUACAAUGACAUAUCUCCGUUGGAGAACCAUCACUGCGCUGUCGCCUUCCAGAUCAUUUCUCUUCCCGAGUGCAACAUCUUUGCAAAUGUGGAUCCCGAGGCAUUCAAACAGAUUCGACAGGCCAUCAUCACCCUCAUCCUGGCCACUGACAUGGCCAGACACGGGGAGAUACUGGACUCCUUCAAGCAAAAAGUGGACAACUUUGACUUCACCAAUGAAGAGCAUGUGACAUGUCUGAAGAUGGUUUUGAUCAAGUGCUGUGAUAUUUCCAACGAGGUGAGGCCGACUGAGGUAGCCGAGCCAUGGGUGGACUGUCUAUUGGAGGAGUACUUCAUGCAGAGUGACAGGGAGAAGUCUGAAGGUCUCCCAGUGGCUCCCUUCAUGGACAGAGACAAAGUCACCAAACCCACAGCUCAAAUUGGAUUCAUCAAGUUUGUCCUCAUUCCAAUGUUUGAAACUGUCAUGAAGCUUUUCCCCCAGAUAGAGGAGAUCAUGGUUCAGCCCUUGCGAGACUCCCGUGAUCAUUAUGAGGAGCUGAAGCAGAUCGACGAUGCCAUGACAGAGGCACAGAAGAAAAAAACUGAAAAUAUGUCAUUAGGCGGGAAGAAGAAGUAAACUCUGCAGUGAGUGAGUGCAGUGUUAUCUGUGGGUCUUCUUGUGUGAUCAAAUUCAGGAAAGACUUUUAAAAAGAACGUGAAACGAGGCGUCGAGGUGGAGACGCUCCGGGCCGUGUCCUGAAGAUGACAGACCGAGCGGCAGGGAGAGAGAAAAAGAGGCAGACUGCUCGGCUACGUACUGAACUAAACUUAGGCAUCAAGGAGGCAGAUCUUGAACUUUGACUUAGACUUUUUUGCACUGGAUGUAAAAGAGAGGGACCUGUUGGCCUCUCUGCAUAUUUAUGGUGUUUAUGUUGUGCUCUCUCUCUGUUCAUAGCGCCUCAAGAUUUUUGAAGGACCAGUGUCUCUAAAAACAAACGUUAAACCUUAUUUUGAGAUUGAUUUAUCGUGCAUAGAAGUGUACCGUGGCUGCAGAAUCGGCCUCAUCGACCAACGGUUCAGGAGAAUGCUUCCCACGAGCAAUAAUUAUAUCAUUUUUUUUCCUUCAUUUUUUUUCCAGUAGAAAAAUAAAAAUGCACCAAAGUGGGAUGUUUUCGCCUCAUCGUAGCAAUACAUUUUUGACUGACAUGGUGCACGGAGUGUUUUUCAAAGAAUAAGGCAGCUUCCCACCGAUUCUGUAUUGUUCACACGCAGUGAGUUAAACCGUCACAGUUCUCGCACUAUUCUCUCACGUUCAACAGUUUUUAAUGUGAUAAAGCCAAGUAGGGAUAUAUAUUGUUCGAGAUUUUACACCAAUUGUCCAAUAAAAACGUUUAAAUAUCUCACAAUA